UCAGCCCGUCCCCGUCGCUCCUCCCUUUCCCAUCCACAUCCCUUUCCCAUCCACGUUGUGCCGCUGCCCUACCAUCCGCUGAUCCGCAUCGUGCUGCCCUUCCCAUGCUCUCUCCUCCGCCGCCCCCGCGCCCCUGCCUCUGCGAAGAGGAGGUUCUCCUUCCCGGCCCGCGCCUUCGCGGGGGGCGACGCCGUGGCGGGGAAGUCGAGCUUGGCGCGCGUUGGGGGUGGGAGCGCCGCGGCUGGGGACGCGCAUGCCGAGCUGGGCUCGAAGCGGGACGGUGACGGGAGCGCGGAGAUGGAGUCGUGCAUCGGGCUCGGCUCGAGGCGGAUCGGGGACGGGGUCGUGCAGAUGAAUGCGCGCAUCGGGGCAGCCGCCGCCACCGCCUUCAUCGACCCUGGUGAGUUGACAAGAAACGCGCGUCAGAUCCACCAUCAUCGCUGAUGACCCAAACAAAACCAAUCGGCGCACGAAUGGGGAGGAUGGGGGAUCGGAGGGCCCCGUACCAGGUGGCGUCUUCAUGGAGGAGGCCAGCACCAGCGGCGGCCAGAGCACGCUGUGCGGGCGUGGGCGCAGGCGGCGUGGGGAGACGGCGAGUGGCGGGCGCUGCGCACCCCGAGCGCCGUCCUCCUACGCGUAUAUCCUCCUCCACCUCCUCCCCUCCCCCCUCCGCCGUCAGAGCCUACGGGCGGAUCGAGCCGACGGAAUCCGAGCUCUCCUCCACGCAGAUCCUCCCCCUCCCCCCUCCGCCGCCAGGGCCUACGGGCGGAUCCUCCAUCUGCGUCGCCGUCGCCUCCUCCUGCGGCGCCCUGCAUCCAUCCACCACGCUCUCGCGCCUCCAUCAGCUACUCCUGCGGCGCCCUGCGUCCAUCCGCGCCGCCCUCGUCUCCUCCUGCGGCUCGCCCUCGUCUCCUCUUGCGGCGUCCUCCGAUUUGAGUUGGGCCGCCAGGAUCGCAAUCUCAUCAAUGUGCGAGGCCCCCUGCGGCCAAGAGCCGUCACCGUGCUGACGCCGGGAUCCUGCGACGCCUCAGCCCGGCCUACGUGGUGCAGCCUGCCAAUCAACGUAGCGCCGCCGCCGCCGUCGUCAAGAACGCCCGUGUGGCUGGGGCGACGACAUCUCCGAGGGCGUCACACCUGUGCCCAACGACUCAUCAUUUUGCAAUCGCGGGAUCACAAAGGAGAGAGAGAGGUCUAUGAUGCUUGGGAGCAGUAUCUUGGGAUGGAGCAUACUGACACUGCACCCAAAUGGUCUAUACAGUGAAUCAGGUAUGAAGUUUUCUUGUGAAAUGAUGCUCUCAAAUUCUCUACUGUUGAUUUCUUCACCAUGGUUCUGUCAUCAUUGCUUAGGCAAAUAUGUCAUGCUUUAUGGUUUUGUAGCUGCAUCUUUAUGAGAUUUGUUGGAAUCAAUGUUUUCAGUGAAUGGGUUAAGGAUCUUUCAAGUAAGCUAACUAAUACAAGAGAGAUAUAUUUGCAGAUCUUUCAGGGAUAUAUAAAUGGUUCCAUUAAUUCCUUUUCUAUUCAGGGAUAUGCUGAACUCAACUGUUCUCCAUUGCUUCGUUUUGUUUAUAGAGAAGCAUGUUGAUGGAUGGAUAUACUAGAGGCCUCCUAGCUGUCUGGUAACAAAUAGUAAUUUUAUAAAUGAAUAAUAGGAGAAUUAUGAAUCCAGGUUUCUAAUACCUAAAAGAAAUAAUGUUGACAUGAUCAAUUACUGAUUUUUUCCUACCUUUUGUUCUAUAAAACAUCAGGGAUAUAUUGGUAUUAAUAUUAUUUGUGUAUCCUUAUUGCAUUAUUAUUGGGAGGUUUUGAAUCAUUGUGAGUAACACAUAAUGUGAGUGUUCUUUUAGGUGUAAACAUCUGCAGGGCCUACAAGAGUAUGGAGAAAUCAUCAGCACAUGGCAAAACUAUUUCUCUUAUCAUUAGAAUGUAGAACAAUCCUAAGCAAUUGAAGUAUGGCAAAUUUUGCGUUGCAUAUGUACAAGUGUCCUGAAAGCUCAUUGUGUAUGCACCUGAAAUGAAAGCACUUAAGUCUUGGGUUAUUGUAUCUCUUCAAUUUGUUUUGACCUCAAGGUAUUUGUUUUCAGUUAUCUGAUUGGCACAAUGAUUGGUUUGUAUGGUUAUAUGCUUUUACCAGCUACAUUAAGUAUUUUUAACAUACGAA